UGGUAACGCAGGUCUCUGCGUGGAGUCUUAUUUUAAGCUGUGUAAAACACACUGUGACAGUCGUACAUUUUGUAACGAAACGUGACUUUGCUAUAACAGUUAUAAAAUCCUGCAGCCUGGUUAUUUCAUAAACUGAUUUGUUUGGAGGCUGAGCCAGACACGAGAUUCUUUACAGAAUUCUAUGCUUUCUUUGUGAAGCUUGACAUUUGUCGCUGGUGCUAACUCAUACAUCCAUGGCAACUCGAAAAACAUUUUAUUUUCGUUUAUUACAAAACAAAAAUUAAAAAGAAAACCUUGCAGCUGGUAUUCCGUAAUAUUGAUCUAAACCUAAUUCUCUAGUUUGACUGUUGUGUAAGAGCUUCGCGCAUGUCUGACAUUACAAAACUGCCAUGGACGACCUUGGAUUUGUAGACACUCGAUCAACUUGCGGAUGUGAAAUGACGUAGCUUUAAUCAACCAACAGAAGCGUCACCAUGGAGUGGCAUAUAAUGAAUGCUGGCGGAGUCUCCAGCCUGGGAAGUAACCUAGGUAGUGUGGAGGAGUCCCAGUACGUGCCAUCUGAUGAUUGUAAAGAUGUUUUGUUGGAAAUCUUGGCUCAGCUUAAAGAUGAGGAUCCUCAACACAGAACCACACGCCGUCAGCUCCACUACAGCCAUCUAGUGGAGAAAGAUCUCUGUGCGAUGAUAAAAUAUCUGAAGGAUGAACCAGAAAUAUUCAGUUUAGUUGUAAGAAUCCUGGCCAAUUUGACACAGCCUGUAGAAAGUCUUGUACAGUCCUCCGGGUAUUCCAUGACAGAGGCAACUCAGACUACAUUGUCAUGGCAAAAUGGAGUAGAAAGUUCCUUACAUCACUACAGAUCACUGCUUGUCGAGAGAUGUAUACUUUUGAGCAUCUUGGAGGAAAUUCACACUCUUGUAGAAGAGUGCGAGGGUUAUCCCCUGUUGGAGGAGAACUGUGAGACAAUCAAUCAAAGUCUCCUGUUGUUAAGGAAUCUCUUACACUUCCCCAGCAGUGACGAGGAUAACAGCAGUAAAGAACAUGAAAAAUUCCUCAGACUCCUGUUUGAAUGUGAUUUCACAGAGAGAUUGAUGGAACUUUUACAGCUUCCCCAAACGGAGUACUGGACAGUUACAGUGGUGCAGCUGGUCACUCUUCUAUUCAAGGGACACGUUGGUGAGAUGUUCCUUCACAAUGUGACGGACAGCGAUUCUGUGUCGUCUGUACCCGAGAAAUUGGAGGACUUUCAGGAGUGUCUGAUUUGUGGGGACCAGCACAGUGAUAAGGAACUGAUGUGCAUUAAUCACCUCGAGGAAGGAUUCUCUAAAACUCUGCAUCUGCACAGAGACUCUAGCAGAAACUCCUCGGAGAGUGGAUCUACUGCAGACCUGACGGAUGAGGAAAAGUUGUUAAAACAUUUGACAGCAUUUGCUCAAGAACUCCUGAAAAAAGCCUUCUGCAGCCUGGUACAUAAUUUGCGGCACAUACUCACGUCCCCCUAUAAGGCGAUGAUAGACGAGGUUUAUCUAUUGUGGCUUGUUGCAUUUUUUCUGAAGUAUGCCAGGCAUCAGCGUAUGGAGUUUGAGUACAUUAGGGCCAUAUAUUCCACCGACAUGUACGGCUACUUAGUGUAUGAGGGUGUGACGAAUUCUGAGCAGCUGGUGAUUGCACAGAGAAACAAACAGGACACAACUAAAUACCUCAGGAGAUUACAUCUGACUGUGGGUGCCUUGAGAGAAAUGUUACAUGGUCUGAAGUUAUACAGCGAGGACACCAAUCUAAGUAUGACCAACACGUCAUACCUACAGAAUUUACAAAGGGACCUAGCCGGCAUGAUGGACCUGCCUCAGAUGCUUCUCCUCCUUAUUCGGAACUUCCAGAUGCACACUCACAAUCUGAAGUUCUUACAGGACGUGAUUGUCACUAAUCAUCUCCUGCUGCUUCUGAUGGAUUUAUGGAAGACUAAAGGGUUCAGCAAAAGAGAGUUCAACAUGUUGGACCAUGUCAAACAAUUUGCCACUAUAGAUGUAAUGCAGAGGUAUGGCCGUUUAUUGGAAAACUACGGAUACAAUAAUCCGGUGGUCAAUAACUGUAUUUUUACCAUGAUGCAUCACAUCGCAGGCGACUGUGAGAAACCGACAGUUCUACUACAGGUGCAAAUACUCCGAACCUUCCUGGAAAUUCUGGAUAGUAGUAUACCUUUAUCACAGGAGAAGAAUGAUUUGAUUGAAUUCAUCCUGCAGAAGUUUAUGGUGGAGGCAGAACACAAUCCCUUUACCUGUGCUCUACAACUGUUCGGAGAAAUGCCUGUCAAAGGCGAGGAAGGAAAACUUGAGGAAGAUCAGGAUGAGGAGAAUAUUGAGGAGGAGGUGGAGGAGGAUGCAGAGGAGAUGAAGAAGGAGAAGGACAUUUUACUGAUGUUGUACACGGAGCUGAUGGGUCAGCCUGGGGUGAUGGGGGCCAUCUCAAACAAACUGGAGGAGUUUGGUAUCAAGAAAUCGGAGAAACAGAUCUCAGAGGACCUGAAAGAGUUGGAUUGGUUGACAGAUGAAGGAAAUGAAGAAUCAGAGGUCAGUGGGUCACCAAGGGUCAAAGGUCAAGUCCCACCUCCAUCCCGUAAUUUGUCAGAGAAGGGAGAUGUAUCACUCGAGGAGUCGGAUAUGGAUGACAGUCCGCCCAUGAGUGUUCCCAAGCAGGAUGACCUCAGUGAUUCAGAGGUCAUCACGCACUGUGUUAAAAAACUCAGAGAAUCCAAUAAUGAUGUGCAUUUGAGAUGGUUACAAAGGCAAUUCUGUGAAGCAGCUUAUGCCAAGUUUGCAUUGUCGAUGAGCAGCCUUGAUAAAAUAGAAACAGAGGAACCAGUGGCACGAUACCAUGCCAUUCAGAACAAGUCCUUCCCCAUAGUGCUGUAUAAUGAAGAACAAGAAGAACUCAUGCACAAUCCGUACUUUGAAACAUUACUUCAGUUCCUCGGGCUUCACAUGCCAGAGGAUGUUGGUCUUGUGUUUCCCAGAAUUCCUCACUUCUGGACGAUACAAAAUCUGGUGGAGAAAGCCAGUCAGAUUGGCGAUCUUACUGAAGAACAACUUAAAUUUGAUCCUGUGAAGUUGAAAGAAGAAAGAGAAAUGACAGAAAUUCCAUACCAGUUCAAAAUAGAGGGCAAGGAUGACAUCACGUUCGAAAAAUUACGAAAGAUCCCAGAUUCCGUGUGGAUGAACAUGAUCGAGCAUUACAACAGAAAUGCUGGAAAAGAAACAAACGGUGAAAUCCUGAACAAAAACAUGGAUUCGUUCAGCGAGUCACGCCACCAGAUUGUACCAUUCUGAUAAAGCCUAUUGUAGGCUGUCGUAAGAAACACUCUGUUUUUUUGUCUUUGGAAGGGAUCAAUAUAGAUGUACCAGUCUGAUAUCAGCAUGGUACAUUUCUAGUUAAUGACUACUAAAGGAUGAUAUCUGCAUGGUACAUUUCUAGUUAAUGAAGAUAUCUGCAUGGUACAUUUCUAGUUAAUGACUACUGAAUGAAGAUAUUCCCAUGGUACAUUGUAGUUAAUGACCACUAAAGAAUGAUAUCCAAAUGAUGCAUUUCUAGUUAAUGGCUACUAAAGGAAGAUGUCGGGGUCAUGAUCUGAAACAGAGACCUGGCAUUUUACCUGAAAAUCAAACAGACUGAAAAUAAUAGUAGGUCGAUCUGAAAUGUUAAAACAGAUGUUGGGUUUUGUUUAUUAUUGUUAUAUUGCCUCAGUGUUUGAAUAUCAUUUUUCAUAUGAUGGAAAACUAUUAUAUACACAUUAUCACUUGUAUUUAUUCAUCCAUGGUUUUGUCAUUUGUAUUUUAAAUUGUCACAGUAUAUUAUUUUACUUUUAAGGUGCUUCAUUUUGUGUCUUGGAAACAAAAUUUUUACCACGAGUAUACUGUCCGUAAAAUAUCAGAAGGGACGGUACAGAUACAUAUUGUUUCUAUGGUUACCCCGUCUGAAAUGUCUCAAUGCAAUGUGUAAAGGAGUUCUGUCAUAUAUACACAUCAUCGACGGGUCUCAUUUAAAUUUCAUUAGAGUACUCCAGAUUUGCAAGUUAAACAAGGACAAAAAAAAUCAUGUCAGUUUAUUUUUUUUCUUUUCUAGAGUCGUUCAUUUAAGCAUCUUGACGGGCAGCAAUAUAUUUUGUUCAUUCUAUGCUGUUAUGGAAGACGGCUGGUUAUGUUUAACAUCCUUGUACUGUAUGUGCUGUUAUUAAAAUGUCUGAGUUCAGGAUAAGUGUGAAACAUGGUAGAUCCGACUCCCUAACUCGCUCUAUUAUAAUGCAUACUGAGUAAUACAUAUGGAAGGAAAUGUUUUUAGAUAUGAUAGAAAUAUCAAUUUCAAGUUAUUACAAUGAGAUUUUGUUUACAUUAUUUACAAAUAUGCCACGUACUGGUUAAAUUUGUACCAUAUGACAUCAUAAUACACCAGUUUCGAGAUACAUCUGAGUUAUUUCCCUUUGGAGAACUCUCGUGCAUGAUAAUAGGGCACGAAACAAUUUGUUUACAUAUUCAUCACUGCAUAAGUGAAUCUGCUCAUUAAGUUUCUUAUACUCGAUUUCAUCACUCGAAUUUGACUGAUGCACAAACUAAGUAAAUGAUAAGUAUUCAGCGGGUAAUUAAAUACAUGGAAUUCUUAUAUCAAGUUAUUUCAUUGCUUAUACGUAUUAUGUCCAGGAUAUUACUUGCAAAUAAUAUGAUACUGUUUUUAUGUUUCCACUUUAGUAAAAUAUGUCUUUCGAUAGUAGUUUGUAUUACCUACAUUCAAAUAUAUAAAGAUAAGCUGCUUUUAAUACAUUUUAUUGUCUUCCUCACUGACUGCAGGUCCACUCUGUCCCUCCUAGGCAUUCAAAGUUCCACUAAAUGCACCUCCUACACAAAAGAGCUCUUAUCUCGAAACUGGCGUAUUGACUUAUAGUAAGCCUCCACAAUUAUUCAUAACAUUAGUCUGUAAAGUGGUACAAUGUUUCUGGGUGUUAACUGGCCCCAUGAAGUUUUAUGAAUGUCGAUGACUACUCAUUAGAUGAAAUUGUUUUCAGCACACUAUACAUUUGAAUUGUAGAAUUUUUGUGUAAAAUUUACCAGAAGGGUGAGGAGUAAUAUGUCCUAAUGAGACAUAUUUUUGUGAAUGCAUUUAAAUGCAUCUAAUGUAUUUAAAAGGACUCUAUUUGAUAACAGACAACCUUUCUUCUUUCUUUCUUUUAGUGGGGGGAUGGGGUUGCAUAAAACUUUAAAUUGUAGAGCAGUCAAGUUGUUGCAUAAGAGAUAAUGCCCAAUACAUUUUCACAUAUUUUUAGGGGCAUCACGUUUAAUUCUAAGGUGUAAGGAUGACUGUCAAAUUUGGGGCCAAAUUGUGUCCUUAUCAUGCAUAGCUCUUUUGAGAAAUUUUCUGGAGCAUUAAAACAAUGGCAUAUUUUUGUCAUGAUCACUGUAUAUAUAUAUAUAUACUUCUCCAGCAAGUUAUUCAUUGCUUGGAAAGUGUUUUCCUUGACAAGGGCAUAUUUGUUAAUUUUUUGUUAAAUGGAGAUAUAUUUUAAUCUGUGUUGAUGACAUAUUGUGUGUACUGUGUAUGUUAGAUGUACUCUGUUGUUCAGUCGUUGAUGCAGUCCUUUGUUAUCUGUUGUAAGGCUAUGUAAUUGACUGUUGUGCAGAGAGUUAUGUCCCCUAGUGGUGGAGCUGAAAGAUCAGUUUGCAUUCUGUCAGUCUGUCCAUCCUUUUGUCACAACUUAGUUUUCCAGACUUUUUUUCAUCAUGCUAGCUGAAAUUUGUAAUGUGGUAAUACCACAGUAAGUUUACAGAUCAAGUUCAAGUUCAUCAUGAUUCAUUAUUUAUGAAACUUUGUGCGAAAUAUAGUUUUCUGGACUUUUUGCCACUGUGUUUUGCUUUAGGAAUCUGGAAUUUGAAAUGUGGUUACGUAAUGAGUUGACAGAUCAAGUUUCACUUUUGUUAUAGUUGACUUAUUCUGAUGAAAAUUGUAAAAUAUAGUUUCAUCAUUGAAAGAAUUUCUUGGAAGUUUUGUUUUCUGGACCAUUUUAGCUCACCUGAGUUGAAAGCUCAUUUGAGCUUUUCUGAUUACGUUUUGUCCGCCAUCUGUCUAUCUGUACGUAAACUUUAAAAAUAAAUUUUGACUUCAUUUCUAGAAUCACAAGUCAAUUUCAGUCCGACUUGGCAAAAUUGUUCUUUGGGAAAGGGGAUUCAAGCUUGUUCAUAUGAAGGGCAUUGGUCCCUCCAAAGGGUAGAUGAUCAAUGAAAGGCCAAAAUAGGGUGGGUGUCAGUUAAAAAUCUUCUCAAAAGGCGCUGGGCUAGAAAAUUUGAAAUUUAAUUGAAAGUCUCUUGACAAUUGAUGCAGAUUGAAGUUUGUUCAAUUCAUAACCCCAAGGUUAGGAUGAUGCCACAGUAGAGAUCAGAUUUUGCAUGGGAUAUGUAACAAAAAGCUCUAAAAUCUUUUCAAGAACAACAGGUCUGUGAUUAGUCCUAUUGAUAUGCAAGAUUCCCAAGGUAGUGUGGAUUCAAUGUGAUCACAAUGGGAUACCAAAGUUUUAUUUAGAAAUAGGCAGACAAUAAAAACAAAUUGUUCUCAAGAGCAGCAGGAGCAUUCUAAAUCGGAACAAAAUGGAAGCAAUCCUUGGAUGUGUUGAUUCAAGUUUUCCCCCCAGAUUGUUAAUUUGGAAGUCCAUGUGCCUUGUGGAUCAAUUUGAAAAUUUCAAGAUCUCCGGGGUAAGGGUAGGGGUUCUGUCGCCAGGGCAAAAGUAUACAUCUGUUUUUGCUUUUCCUAAAUGUGCAUUUAGUUUUUUGUAUACAGUGUCAGCUGAUUGAAAGGCUUUCAAAGGAUUAAGACAAUAUUCGUUAUGAUACCCCACCAUGGAACCAAAACCCCUACCCCUGGGAUCAUGCAAUUUAUGAUACCCGCUCCUUCCAAAUAUCUGUUUAGUUUGAAUUGGGUAUCAAUAGCAUUAUCAAAGAUGUUAUUUCAAUGUUUUACAAUUGAAAUUUCAUAAGGGGAGUAAUGCGGAGUAUUAUUCGCAGGAGCCUCGACUUGGGAUCGGUAGGAAUACGAACUUUUACUAGUGUGUUAAGAAUCAACACAUCUGUUUGUUGUUGUUUUGCUUUUUCAUGAAAAUAUCUCUUCAUUUUUUUUUUUUAAGUUCUGUAUCGCAUUGAAUUCACCGUAAGAAUGACUGUUUCAUCUAACACUUGAACGUUUCGUACAUUGUGAGAACGACUGUUACAUUUACUUUACUUCACCUUGCAUGAGAACGGCUGUUACAUUUACUGGAUUUGAACGUGACAACGGCUGUUACAUUGGACUUUACUGUGAGAACAUUUCUUUUAACAUCUAGUAUCACUACGAAGUACCGGCCGUCCUGGACUUCACAUUAAACAAUUGUUUUCAUCUGUUGGAAAAUGUAUUCCAAACGUUUCUGCAGAUCUGAUGAUGGAGAAUUAUGAUAAAUGGCAUUAUGUAUAUGUAAAUUUCCAUGUGUUUGCUCCACAUGUGGCUAUUUACAAUGUGUUUUUUAUAAAUUGAGUAAUAUUGAAGUUUUAUGUCUUGUCAAAUGAUGUUCAUCACGUGUUCUUCAUUGUAUCAUCUCAAUAAACAUUUAAAUAAUAAA